AUGAAGACAGAGGUUGUAUUUAUUUUUCUGUUUUUUGCAAUGGUGGCGAUUUUGAGCGCCAACGCCGAAAGUACCACAACUACUGAGGCCUCCGAAACCACGACAAAAUCUCCUUCUGCUCCACAAUGGUCUUUGACGGAAUUUAUACGGUUUUUCAACGGCAGCGGUAGUGGAAACAAAUUCUACUUCUUCUUCUAGAACAAUUUGUACAUAUCUGAAAUUUAUUUUCUGUCAAUAAAAUGAAAGCACCUU